AUGCUUUCCCACUUAUUUAUGUGUAAAAAAAUGACAUUUUUGAAGGCGAAAAAAUAUCUUUUCUUUUUUUAUUUGUGUGGCUCUUUACUUUCUUCGAGAUAUACAUUUAACAGUAACUUUAUAUAUGAUAAUAAAUUUAUAUCUAACCUUUUUAUGUUUAAUGAAAAAUAUGUAGGGGGUUCAAAUAUACUUAGUUGCAAUGAAAAAGUAUGUGGUUAUAAUAAAAUGAAUGAAUAUGGAAAGUUAAUUGGAAAAGACAUAAACAAUAUAUUUAUGAGUAAAAAUAAAUGUGUGGUAAAUAAUAUAGAAAGAAGAGAAAUGAAUAUAAAUUUUAUUCUGUAUAAUAUUAUAUCACAAAUAAAUGAAGUUGUAAAUUUAUUUAAUUAUAAUACGAUAAAAAAUAUUAAGAAUAUAUUCAAGGUAUUAUUAGCAUACAUGAAAAAAGAAAAUAAAAAUUAUAGAGGAAAAGAAUUAAAUGAUGGGGAAACAAUGAAAUAUGCUAAUAUAGAAAUAAAACAGAAAGAAUGGUUUAGAAAUGUACGAAUUUUAAAUGAAGAAAAAUGUUUUUUAAAUUGUGGAAAUGGUAAUUGUGUGAAUUCUCAUGGAUAUGAAUAUUGUAAUUGUCGAGAAGGUUUUUCAAGUAAUCCUGAAAAAAAUUUCGAAUGUGAAGAACAUUGUAAGGUAAACAAUGGAGGAUGUGACAAGGACGCUAUAUGUGAACCUGUUUUAUCUGUGGAUGAAGAAAAAAAUAAUGUUGUAAAGGGAGUUGGAGUUAUAUGUAAAUGUAAAAAUGGAAAUACAAAAUAUAAUGGAUAUUAUUGUGGUUAA